AUGCUUUCCCUAAUGCUCUUUAUAACGCUUUUCUUAACGCUUGUUAUAAUGCUUUUCUUAACGCUUGUUAUAAUGCUUUCCUUGACACUUGUCAUAAUAAUUUCCCUAAUGCUCAUUUAUAACGCUUGUUAUAAUUUUCUUAACGCUUGUUAUAAUGCUUUUUUCUUAACUAAUGCUCUUUAUAACGCUUGUUUUCUUAACGCUUGUUAUAAUGCUUUCCUUAACACUUGUCAUAAUAAUUUCCCUAAUGCUCUUUAUAACGCUUUUCUUAACGCUUGUUAUAAUGCUUUUCUUAACGCUUGUUAUAAUGCUUUCCCUAAUGCUCUUUAUAACGCUUUUCUUAACGCUUGUUAUAAUGCUUUUCUUAACGCUUGUUAUAAUGCUUUCCCUAAUGCUCUUUAUAACGCUUUUCUUAACGCUUGUUAUAAUGCUUUUCUUAACGCUUGUUAUAAUGCUUUCCCUAAUGCUCUUUAUAACGCUUUUCUUAACGCUUGUUAUAAUGCUUUUCUUAACGCUUGUUAUAAUGCUUUCCUUAACACUUGUCAUAAUAAUUUCCCUAAUGCUCUUUAUAACGCUUUUCUUAACGCUUGUUAUAAUGCUUUCCCUAAUGCUUUUAUAACGCUUUUCUUAACGCUUGUUAUAAUGCUUUUCUUAACGCUUGUUAUAAUGCUUUUCUUAACGCUUGUUAUAAUGCUUUUCUUAACGCUUGUUAUAAUGCUUUUCUUAACGCUUGUUAUAAUGCUUUUCUUAACGCUUGUUAUAAUGCUUUUCUUAACGCUUGUUAUAAUGCUUUCCUUAACGCUUGUUACAAUGCUUUCCUUAACGCUUGUUACAAUGCUUUCUUUAACGCAUGUUAUAAUACUUUCCUUAACACUUGUCAUAAUAAUUUCCCUAACGCUUGUCGUAAAGCUUUAUUCAACGCUUGUUACAAUGCUUUCCUUAACGCUUGUUGUAAAGCUUUCCUUAACGCUUGUUAUAACGCUUUAUUUAACGCUUGUUAUAAUGCUUUUCUUAAUGCUUGUUAUAACAUAA